AGAAGCUGAUGGAGAGGACUGUGGAGGACCAGAACCAGCCAGGAACUCACAUCCACAUCCACUUUUACAACCAGAGACUGAAGACCAGACUGGAGACUGGAGAGUUCCCAUCAGUGAUUUGAGAUGUAGUUCUGUUGAAAAACCUUUUAUCUGCCUUGAGUGUGGGAGAAGAUAUGUCCGUGAGCGACAUCUGAAGGAACACAUGAGAACUCAUACCGGAGAGAAGCCUUUUAGCUGCUCUCAGUGUGACAAAAGAUUUGGCCGUGAGCAACAUCUAAAGGAACACAUUAAAAUCCAUACAGGGGAUAAGCCUUUUAGCUGCUCUGAGUGUGGGAAACAAUUUGGCCGUGAGCAACAUCUGAAGAGACACAUGUUAACUCAUACAGAAGACAAACCAUUUAGUUGUUUAGUUUGUCCUAAAAAAUGUACAACCAGAGAAAAUCUGGCAUACCACAUGCUAGUCCACACUGGGGAGAAAAGAUUCAGCUGCCGUGAUUGUCACGAAAGAUUUGGCUGGCCCGAACAGGUCAAAAGACAUAAAUGUGUUGGCCGUCAGGCCUCACAACAUCAUCAAAGUCAAACUGAGGAGAACAGAGAACCUCAGUCAGGUUUAAACUCUCCGACAAAUGAUGAAGUUCCUGUCAGUGAUUCGAGAUUUAGUGCUGGUGAGAAAUCAUUUCUCUGCUCUGAGUGUGGGAAAACCUUUUGGACCAAGACACAUCUGAAGGCACACAUUAGAACUCACACAGGAGAAAAGCCUUUUAGCUGCUCUGAGUGUGGGAGAACAUUUAGAACGAAUACACACAUGAAACGACACAUGGGAACCCACACAGGAGAUAAACCAUUUAAUUGCUCAGUUUGUGAUAAAAGCUUUUUGCGCGCUGGUGAUCUGAAGAAACACAUGAGAACUCACACAGGAGAAAAACCUUUUAGCUGCACGGUCUGUAAGAAAUCUUUUCCUUGGAGGCAUCAGUUACAGACACACAUGAUCGUCCACACAGGAGACAAAAGACUGAGCUGCAGUGUUUGUAACAAAAGAUUUGCCCGGCAUUCACAGAUCAAAACACAUAAAUGUGUUGCCCGUCACUCGUCACAGCUUCAUCAGAGUGAUACUGAGGAGAACAGAGAGGCAGAGCCUGCAGCCUGCAGAGAAACUCAACACAUGGAAACAGAAGCUGAUGGAGAGGACUGUGGAGGACCAGAACCAGCCAGGAACUCGCAUCCACAUUUACAACCAGAGAGAGAACACCAGACUGGAGACUCUUCUGAUCCUGAGACUGAUGACAGUGCUGAUUGGAAGGAGACCAGAGAACCUCAGUCAGCUUUAAACUCUCUGAAUAAUCAGGAUGUUCGUAUCAGCGAUGAGAGAUGUAGUGUUGGUGAGAAAUCCUUUAGCUGUUCUGAGUGUCAGAAAAGAUUUGGGACCAGUGGAGAUCUAAAGAAACACAUGAGAACUCAUACAGGAGAGAAACCUUUCAGCUGCUCAGUUUGUAAGAAAUCUUUUACAUUGAGUGGAAAUUUACAGAAACACAUGAGAGUCCACACAGGCGAGAAACGAUUCACCUGCAGUGUUUGUGACAAAAGAUUUGCCUGGCUUCAUCACAUGAAAAAACAUAAAUGUGUCGGUCGUCAUUCCUCACAGAUUCAUCAAACAGAGAAGAAUAUGCACACUGUUACACCCCCAGUUAGCUUGAAAUCACAGUUUUCCUUAAUUUGUGUUUCAGUGUUCCCUACAGAUGUUGAGCAACUGUUGGUGGUUAAAGAAGAGGUUCCCCCUGAGCAGCAGGAGUGUAGCUCCAGUGUGGACCAGCAGGAGCCAGAGCCCCCCCUAAACAUUAAAGAG